UGAAGUGGGAAGUGACACAACGCUGGGGAUCUCUGGGAAGCAGCCCUGCGAAGGGAGACGGCGCCUGCUCACCGAGGCUUUGUCAAAUCCAUUCUGGCUGCAGUUCAUGAGGCAGCUCAGCAAAACCCCAAAUCCCUCUGAGUCUUUGGGAAAUCUGAAAUGUUCCUGAGAGCUAAGCCCUGCUUUUGCAUGAGGCUGGUGGCGAUGCCUCGCUGGGCCGGGCUCCUCUCCAGCGCUGCCAGAGCCAGCCUGCUGCUGCUGCUGGGCUCCCUGCUCUUCUCCUGCCCCAGCCUGAGCCACAGAGCACCUGAGUUUGCCCUUACAAAAAUAGAAGAGAGCGACAUAAAAGAUGCCAGUGGGAAGGAGCCGGUGACAGAGGAUGACGCUGAUCCUGAGGACCUGGAAGUGUUUUACCCCACGGAUCAGUGGCAAUCCCUGCGUCCAGGUCAGGCUGUUCCGGCAGGAUCACACGUGCGGCUGAACCUGGAGACGGGAGAGAGAGAAGCCAAACUCCCAGACAGAGAAAAUGGGGAAAGUGGAACAAAAGAAGAGAGAAGAAGGAAAAGGUACAGACAUGCAAGACCGUGCAGGGGUGGGCUGUGGGAUUCAUGCCUUUUAUUAGAGGGCAGGCUCCCAGGUGUGCUCAAUUACUGCCUCUUCCUGAGACUUAAUUGCUGGGUUAGGAGCUCAGCAGUGCUAGAAGCAGAGCCUUGUUCUUUGUGAUCCCUUUGGGAUGGUGGUGGAAGUGCCCUGAGUGCACAUUCAGAGGCACCUUCACGGUUUCUCAUGCCACGACACCGAAACUAAAUUGACAAUGUGGCUUCUUUGAAUGAGAUUUAGCCCUUUGAAGCAUCUGCAGCAGGUGCUCUGAAACUGCUUUCUGAGCCUUGGGAUCAGCUGUGACGGACUCAGCCAGCUGCUGUGUCCUGGCUGGGCUCAGCCCCACAAACUCACCUGCACACCAGGCAUUGCCAGACUCCCUGGAGGUCACACCUUCCCUGCAAAAACCUUUUUAAACAUGAUUUAAACCUCAGCUGCUGCUGAAUUUCCGCUUGGAACCCUCUGAGAAAAGACUGGUUUAGUUAUGAGGGGAAUUAAUCUCCUGGAGUGUGUCUGCUUUCCCGGGAAGUCUGCGAUGAGGAUUCUGAGGGAGCACAGGGCUUUUGGGUCAGGGGCUGAGCUGGGGGCCCUGUUGGGCCCAAAGCCCCCAGCCAGUGCCCCUGCAGCUGUCAGCCAAGGGGGGCCAGGGGCCAGUGGCCGCUGCCUGCA